AAAAGUGCAAAAAGCCCCCUGCGAUCCUGAAAAAUCUCUACUCUCCCUCGCGCCCUAUCCGCCAAGCCGUUCCCUUGUCUUUCUUCUUCCAUCAUUCUCCCUUUUCUUCGUCUCCUCUUCUGCUCCUCCCAAACCCUCACACUAGAUCUGGAGUUCCGCGGCGGGUAUGGCGGCACCGGGGGAUGAGCACACCGGCGUCGGGUACUCCUCCCGAGAGACGCUCCAUUCGCUUCUUCUUCGGUUCUGAAUUGCUCCUUUCACGGCGAGAUCGCGGAAAAAGGGAUUUUUUUUUCUUUUUUUUUUUUUGUUAGGGUAGAAUAGUGUAUAUAGAGAGAUGAUUAGGGUUAGGAUUUAGUUGGGAAUUGUAUAGAUGGAGGAGAGGUUGAAGGUAUAAUAUAAUAGGUAGGAAGGAAGACAGAGACAUGAGUUUGGGGGCGGAGGAGGAAAGCGGGGCGGCGGCGGAGAUCCACCUUCCAGCGGAGGUGAACUGGGAGAUGCUGGACAAGUCGAGGUUUUUUGUCCUCGGAGCGGCGCUGUUCUCAGGCGUAUCGGCGGCCCUGUACCCCGCGGUAGUCCUGAAGACGCGGCUCCAGGUGACGCACCCGCCACCGUCGUGCCUCCGGGCUGCGGGGGCGAUCCUCCGGCACGAGGGUCUCCGGGGGUUCUACAAAGGGUUCGCGACGUCGCUCACGGGGACCAUCCCCGCUCGGGCUCUAUAUAUGAGCGCGCUGGAGGUGACCAAGAGCGCCGUCGGCACCGCCACGGUCCAGCUCGGGGUCCCCGAGCCGGCGGCGACGGCGGCCGCCUCAGCGGUCGCGGGGCUCAGCGCGGCAGUGGCCGCCCAGGUGGUGUGGACCCCGAUCGACGUGGUGAGCCAGCGCCUUAUGGUCCAGGGCGGCGGCGGCGCCGCGAGGUACCUCGGCGGGGUGGACGCCUUCAAGAAGAUCCUCGCAUCGGACGGCCUCCGCGGCCUCUACCGGGGCUUCGGCAUGUCGAUCCUCACCUACGCCCCCUCCAAUGCCGUCUGGUGGGCGUCCUAUUCCGUCUCGCAGCGGCUCAUCUGGGGCGGGAUCAGCUACUACGCCGGCGGCAUCCGUCGCCUCUCCACGGCGGCGGCGGACGGCCGCGGACGCGGAGGCGGGGGAGGGGCGUUGAGGCCGGACUACGGGACUGUGGUGGCGGUGCAGGGCGUGAGCGCGGCGUUGGCCGGGGGAGCGGCAGCGGUGGUGACGAUGCCGCUGGACACGAUCAAGACGAGGAUGCAGGUGAUCGACGGAGGGGACGGGGGGAGGGUGACGAUCGGACGGACAGUAAAGAGACUACUGAGAGAAGGUGGUUGGGGGGCGUGCUAUAGAGGUUUGGGGCCGAGGUGGGCUUCGAUGUCGCUGUCGGCGACCACCAUGAUUACUACAUACGAGUUCUUGAAGCGGCUCUCAGCCAAGGAUGGAUCCAUUUGAGAGGCAUGGAUAUGGAAAAUGUAAAAAAAAAAAGGCCAGGUUUUGCAAUUUUUCCCCGUAUAUUUUCUCUUAUAUAUAUAUAUUGUAUAUUGGUUUUUUUUCUUCCCUUUUUUUCUCCCGUUUAGAUAGAGAAAAUGGGAGAUGAAAAAAAAUAUCACGGAUGUAAUUCCCCUUGCAUGAUGUUUCAAUGGAAUCUAAUCCAAUCUAUGUUUUCUGCUAA